CGUGACACCGGGUUUAAGUCAGAAUGUUUCCAGUUGCUGUGGACUGACGGCCUACAACGACCUCAAUGAAUUAUGUUGUGGUGGGAAGAUUCAGGCAAUGCACUCUUUUAGCCAUCGGUGCUGUUCUCACCACCAGUACAACUUCAUGAAUGAGUGUUGCUACUGGGAUGUUAAUGGUUCUCCUGGAACACCAAAGCCGAAGGAUUCAGAAUUCUGUCCAGCAACUUCAGGUAUUCAAGAUAAGAAAAAUGCAGCUCAACCUCACUGCACUGAACCAAAGACACAUCUCUGUGGGUCACAUUGUUAUGAUCCAAACAAGCAUCGUUGCUGUGAGAGAAAACGUGCCUCAGGUCAACAUGAUGCUGCCUUAUAUGAUCCAGACACCCAUGUCUGCUGUGAUGGCCACGUGAAGCCUGGGAUGGGUCAAUGCUGUGGAGAAACACAACCUGGAGUUUUCUGUUGCAACAAAGACAGAGAGGAUGGAGAAGAAUGCUCAGACACAAGUAUUCCUUACAACCCAGCUAAAGGGACUAUAUGCUCUUCUCAGUUUCAUGGCUCCCCCGGUCAGCACUGCUGUGGAACAGAAAUCUACCAGCCUGGGAAUGAGAUCUGCUGUGAUGGACACAGAUAUCCCAAAGAAGGAAACGUGCAGUGCUGUGGGAUUAAAGCGUACAACAUGAAAGACCCAAAAAUGAAGUGUUGUGCAGGAACGCUGUACAACUUGACAGAUCCUGAAUACAGCCGUGACGUGGAAUGCUGUGGAUCCGUUCUGCGAAACCCACAGGAGCAGGAAGUUUGCUGUUCAAGUAUGGACCAAGCGGUGCUUUACUCUGGAAAGACGGGAUUCAGCUGUUGUGGGCACCUCUAUUUCAACAUGUCUCUGUGGUCGUGCUCUGCGGAAUGUCUGAGUCCAGUACAACAGCCAGGACAGCAGGAAGAAAAGAUGACUGGAUGCAGACUUGAAUCUGUGAACAAUCUGAACGAAACAGCUCUGUGCGGAGAGAUCUACAUCGGAAUUGUACAAAGUGUGUCUCCGAACAGCAUUGUGUUCAACUUUGUGCUGAAAAUUAAUGGAACAAAUGCAGAUGUUCGCCCUGUGCCCUUCCACUACGUCCUGGCAACACCCAGUCGCUGCAGCACCCCGAAACUGAUUCUUGGGAAGUUCUACUUCUUCAACGACGUCAGUGUUUUUGCUGAUUUCAACCAUGACACUGCGCUCCAGUCCCUCUAUUUCAUUUUAGACAAAUGCUCUCCAUAGGACACCACUGGUUGAUCUAUUCCUGUGGUCCUGGUCAGUGUUAUUCAGUCAGUCAUUACUCUGAACAAGUACUCAAUCAUAUUUACACACUUACUCAUUAUAUUACUAUACCAAUAAUGCAGUGCCUGUCCAACUAGCGCCUGUUCAGGCCCAUUGGUUGGUCUGUAAUAUCAACAACCAACCACUCAUCUGGACCAAACUGUUGGGUUACAAAAACAGUCUAAAGCAUUUAAAGUCUAAAUUGUUAAUGUCUCGUUAGGUGUAACCAAUUAACAUUGUAAGAGAUUUAUCCUUGACCAGCUCUACAUUGCUCUGAGCAGUUUGUUGCCUUUUGAACUAUUAUUUUUCCUUACUAUAGCCACUAAAUGAAAUAUUAUAAAGAUUAUUUUUUUAGUAUUUGGUUAAUAGAACAAUUGUUUUAAUAAAAAUUAAUAUAAAAAAGUCUCAAUAAUAUUUUAAAAUUUUAUCAAACAUCUAAUUAUCAUGUCACUGCUGUUACUAUGCUAGUAAUAAUAACAGCUCUUCUCGUACAUUAAGCCAUUUGCAGUGUGCACCACACUGUAGGGUCUAAAAUGCUGUCAUAGGUAACACGAUUGUGGACAAGGCUUUUAGAUUUUUAGUUUUGGCUUUGCCUUGGCUGCCAUUUUUGCAACAUGCCAGCGUCAUUGGCGUUACACCGAUGAGUUGCACCAGCUCUACCAUAGAAUGCCCUUUAAUGUUUCUUUUUAAAAUUAUUUUGCAGUCUUUAGAAUCACUUGUCCAAAUUACUGCAGACUCAACACUGUGCUUGCUUGCAUUCUCUAAAAACACUCUGCCAAGUUUGAAGGACAUCAGAUGAAUGUUUGUCUGGAAAGCAAAGCGCACACGCACACACACCCACACACACACACACACACACACACACACACACACACACACACACACACACACACACACACACACACACACACACACACACACAGUCAUUUCUACAUUUAUUAAUGAGCUGUGACUCUGUCCGUCCCAUUUUCUGUGAUAAAUCUCACACAGUGUGGUGACUUAUGGACAUCUGGUAUUGAUGUCUGGUAUUCAGUAUAAUGUUUGAGCUUUCAAUUGCAAUUUUUUAAUGAGUUUAAAAUUAUAAUCAAUCACACAACUUGCUACUAAGGAUAAUAUUCAGUACUGUAAUACGGUCCCCACAGUGCCAUAUUCACCUGUACACUGUUGUUCUGAUCCGUAUGGAUACUGUAAGCAUUAAUAACCAAAGUCGAGUAAAAGCUGAUAAAAGCAGGAGCAGAAAAGCUCUGCUCACUGCAAACUAAUCUAUCCAAACUACCGUCAGUUUGGUAUAAAAAGAAGCUGGUGUCUUAGCUGUCAUGAUAGCAGAUAGCAUACAAGAAUAAGCUAAAAUGCUGUCCACUAAUUAUGUUUGUGAAAAACCAGAAUCAUUUGUCUCCAAUAUUUUUGUAUGCUAUGUUGGUUCUUGCACUGAAUUAUGUAAUAUAUGGCAACUGUUUGCACAUGUCUUUCACUCACAUAAAGUGAAUGUUUAUAUGUAGCCUAAAUGAUUAUCAUUUGUGAGUACAUGAUUAAUAAAAUUCUGAUUGAUAAAGCUACUACUGUAAAAGAUAAGCAUUGCAUCAAAACUAUGAGGGACAAACAAUCACCCACAUCCACAACCAACUAUUUUCUUCUCUUUAGUUCCAUUUAGGCACAGCUGGUUUUCAUGUGAUGUGAUUUCUGUACUGUAAUAUGUAGGAUGUGUUGGCUCCUUUUAGAGUUGCCGUGCAUUUCUUUACUACACAUAAGAAUGGCAUUCACAUAAAUUUAAGCUAGAAGGGACAGAAACCAAUAUACUGCAUUCCUAACUGUGUUUACUGGCAUUACUGGUAUAGCUUUAUAUACUGCAUGUUUAUUUUUAAUGCAUGACAUACUAUGAAUGACAUAUUUUUCUGAAAUCAGUUUUAAAUAAAUACAAAACACUUGCAAGAAAA